AUUGAACAUGUUCAUUUGUCAUUCAAUUAAUAAUUGAAGCUCAGUGUAUAUUUGGCACAACAGCGCACAAAAGUGUUGUUCUGCGUUUACACUUUGUUUUUAAAUUUAAAAACGUUAAACAAAACAAAAACAAAGUAAAUAUUAUAAACAAACAUGGUUUAUAAGAGAAUUCGUGAGUAUUGACUAGUUAUUAACGUGUUUGUAAGUUGUUUUCUGUUUUGUUUCAUUGGAAAAUUUGAUGUGGUGUAAACGCAGAGUGCGUGCAGCGCCAAAUGAACCCCCGCGGCAAUUUCACGCAACAUUUUGCAACCCCCCGCAGCUAGUUUUCACUUUUCAUCCCUUGUUCCUUUCGUUUCGUUCAUCCCACCACCUGCGCCCCUCAGUGUCCUCAGUUUUGACCGCUUGUCAGCGUAGUGUCAAAGAAAGCGCGCAGUGUCCGCUGGAGACUAAUAAAUGGCACACGGCGCGCCACACUGGAACAACCCCGCCGGCGGUCGCGUUAAUUAGUGUGUGCCGUGGGUGCGAUGUGCGCGGCGGCGGGAUAGCGCGUUUCGGCGGGAUUAGAUGCCGCAGCAGCGGCGGCAGCACUCCGGCGCGGCGCGGCGCGAUGCUUGAGCAGGAGGUGGGCGCCUGGGAUGCCGUGCUGCUGGAGCCACUCGGCGAGGACGCCUUCGUCGCCAACCUGCAGCAGCGCUUCAAGCGCGAUCACAUCUACACGUACAUCGGCAACGUGCUCAUAUCCGUGAAUCCGUACAAGAAGUUGGCGCUCUACUCCGCCGACCUCGCCGAGGCCUACAUCAAGAAAGGACCUUUUCAGCUUCCACCUCACAUUUAUGCAGUUGCCGCAUCUUCAUAUCGAUGGUUAAACGAUCGCAAUGAGGAUCAAUGCAUCAUUGUCACUGGCGAGAGUGGUGCUGGCAAGACGGAGGCGGCGAGGGUUGUGCUGCAGUUUCUGGUGCUUGUCAGCAGUUGCAGUCCGGAGGUGAAAGUGCUCAAGGACCGCCUGGUGCAGGCCAACACGUUGCUGGAGACUUUUGGCAAUGCAAAGACUAAAAGGAAUGACAAUGCAUCCAGAUUUGGUAAAUUCUUGGAUAUUGAGUUUGAUUUCAAAGGAGAUCCCAUUGGAGGACACUUGAUGCAUUAUUUGUUGGAUAAGACAAGAAUCACAAGUUUAUCAUGUGGCGAUCGAAACUUUCAUAUAUUUUAUCAGCUCUUAUCCGGAGCAGAUAUUCAUUUGUUAAAAGGUUUAAAGUUACAACGUAACGUAGAACACUAUAGAAUCCUCUACAUGAGCAAUCGCCUGCCGACGCAGACCGAAGAUGAAGACAAGAAUCUCUUCGUCUAUACGCGGUCCGCGUUCGACGCGCUGGGCUUCGCCGUCGAGGAAGUUGUUAAUAUUUUUCGAAUCAUCGCUGUUGUAUUAAAGUUAGGUAAUUUGGAGUUUGUGCCUUGCAAUAACAUUGACGGGACCGAGGGGUGUUCCAUCAAUAACGAUUACGAGUUAUACGAAAUAUGCGAACUGUUGGGCGCCGAACAUCGAUGGCUUCAGCGUGCGUUAACAAGUCGACAUGUCGAGGAUGGCAUCCUCGCCGAGUUGAACGCGUGCGAAGCGACGAAAAUACGCGACACCUUGUGUAAGAUGCUCUACAGUCGGCUGUUUACAUGGCUAAUUGGUAAAAUCAACGAAAUCAUCAAACCAAGACACCUCGGCAAGCGGAAAAUGCUCGGGGUGCUUGAUUUGUACGGGUUUGAGUGCUUCGAUAAGAACGGCUUCGAGCAGUUGAUGAUUAACUACUGUAAUGAGAAGCUGCACCAGGUGAUAACGGCGAUUGCGCUCAAGGAGGAGCAGGAGGAACUUGCACGGGAGGGAUUGGAGUGGACUAAAAUAGAAUAUUUUAACAAUAUUGGAAUUUGUCAAUUAUUAGAGCACGAGAAGCACGGCGUGCUGACGCUGCUCGACGAGCUGCACGUGCAUUGCGACCAAACAUAUUUGACGCGCGUCGAGCAAUGCUGCGCCGGCCAUUCGCAUUGUCUAGCUGCCGAUCCGUCACUGCCAUCUUUUCAUUUUCAAAUUCGACAUUUUGCCGGUCCAGUCACAUACGAUGUGCGUGGCUUCGUCGAAAAGAACCACGAAUCGCUGCCGAAGGAAUUGUCACGGGCGAUGUACCGCUGCGAUCAUCCGCUGAUGCACGCGCUCUUCCCAGAGGGUAAUCCCAAGCGGUGCACGGUGAAGAAGCCGGCGUCAGUCGCCACGCAGCUGCAAGUGUCCUUGAACGCCCUGCUCAAGUCGCUGGCGACGCGCCAGCCGCACUACAUUCGCUGCCUCAAGCCCAACGAGCUCAAGCAACCGCGCAUUUUUGAAAUGGCAUUAGUACAACAUCAGGUCCGAUAUUUAUGUUUAUUGCCAACGGUACAAAUAUGGCGCUCCGGUUAUUGUUAUCGCCUACCAUAUCCGCAAUUCCUCUGUCGAUACAAAAUGCUCUGCGCGAGCACAUGGCCCCGAUGGCGAGGUUCACCAAUCGAAGGCGUCUCCAUGGCUCUCCGAUCAAUUCCCAUACCUAGCGCUGAAUUUACUUUUGGGAGAACGAAGAUUUUCGUUCGGAGUCCACGAACUGUGUUUGAACUUGAAGAUUUUCGUCGUGCACGUCUUCAUGACUUGGCUCUGCUCAUCCAGAAGUCAUGGCGUGGUUUCACAGCUCGAAAUCGGUACAAAAAGAUGCGCCAUAGUCAGAUGAUAAUCGCCUCGGCGUGGAGAAGUUGGAGAGCCCGGGAAGAGUUUCGUAUCCUCAAACACCGUAAACAGACAGAAUGGGCGGCGAAAAUAAUUCAACGCCGGUAUAUUCAGUGGAAGCGUCGGCAGUUUCUGCAAACGUUGAUUGUAUUACUGCCGCAUGAUGUUGAGUCGCCAAUGUGCCGCGAAUGGCCGAGCUGUCACCCCAAGCUGUCGGAAGCGAACGCUCUCCUGCGGAAAAUCCAUCACAAGUGGCGGUGUCACAAAUAUCGGCUCAAGUUUGAUCAAACUGCGAGGAAUCGCAUGCGGGAGAAAGUCACUGCCAGCUUUAUUUUUAAAGAUAGAAAGUCUUCAUAUGCAAGAAGUGUAUCGCACCCAUUUCUUGGCGAUUAUGUCCGCCUGCGUCAAAACGUGCAAUGGAAGAAGAUCUGCAUCGAAACCAGUGAUCAGUACGUCGUAUUCGCUGAUAUUGUCAAUAAAAUCGCGCGAUCCAGCGGAAAGUUUGUUCCGGUUUUAUUGGUGAUUUCGACGCGAUCGAUGCUGAUUUUGGAUCAGCGCACGCUGCAAAUCAAAUACCGCGUACCUGCCACCGAGAUUUAUCGCAUGUCGUUGUCGCCAUUUUUAGAUGACGUUGCAGUCGUGCAUGUUCGAGCCUCGGCGAUAGCCAACUCCGAUUCGGGCAGUGCCGCCUCCGAUGCAACCGGCUGUCUCUUUCAGAGCGAUCUCAGCAAGAAAAAGGGCGAUUUUGUGUUCCAAACCGGGCAUGUCAUCGAAAUUGUUACCAAGUUGUUCCUCGUCGUUCAAAACGCCGUCACCAAAGCACCGGAAGUCAACAUAACAACAGAAUUUGAGGCAAAUUUCGGUUCGCAAAUCGUGACGUUCAUCUUCAAAUGCAUGGGCCUACCGGAAGUGCAGCCGGGACAGAUUCGUGUGCUGCGCAAAGGGAACAAGAUGGAGGUGUUAGUGUGACGACGUCGUGCCAAACAUAUCCUUUACAUUUACGUCACGCAUUCUUCAUACACAUUUCCGAUUUCCUGUAAGUACACAACCAUCACUGCCACUGAACACAUUCUUUGUCGCGAUAAAUUUCUGCAUCAACACAAAAACGCCUAAAAUCUAAAAAAACGAUUCAUAUCAUUCGCUUGGUUUGUUGUUAUUGUGUUCAUCGCCAUUAUUAUUCAGUUUCAUCCACUCAACUCAAAUCGUAGCCAACAAUAAUUAAAACCUAGCAACAGUGACAAUUAUUGAGAGCAAAAACAAUAACUUACAAUUAGAUACUGGUUAAUUACGUGCAGAGAGGAGAUUGAAUCUAAUGCUACUGAUUAAGUCGUUGAUUAAUUCUUAAUGAUAUAUAUAUAUUAAAUAAACUAACCAGUAAUCAAAACAAAAACGAUAAGAAAUUGAACAAAAAACGUAAGCUAAAUACAUCGUAACACAUCUAGUACCUAUUAUACUUAUAAAUGAUUGAAAUGUUUGAAAGAAACUCUAACGUAAAUCAGAUUUAAGCGGAACGUGUAAAUAUUAUAUGCUAAGAGACAACGUAGAAUUGAACAAAGCAAAUUACUACAACUAAAAGACCAAGAAACGUUAACUAUAAAGUAUAUUGUUACUAUACAGUUAGUUUAUAACACAGGGUUUUGUUUUCUAUUUGUGUAAUCAUGCAAGAAUGCAAUUUGCCACACAAAUUGUGACAAAUUGCGUUUGUUUGCAUUCUCGUCAGUGUAUUUUCGCUGAUCUUAUCUUAAAGAGUAUUCUAUAAACUAUUGAAUUAUCGAAUUAUCGAAAGCUUCACCGAAAAGAGUUUUACCUAACGUUUAAGUUUCAUUUCUUUUGUAGACACGAACGAAAUAAAAGCGAUCAAAACUUAUUUUUGAAUGUAAACUGUUAAA